GAGAGCCGGCGCUGAGCAGCUGAUCUCUGCUUGUCCACGUGCUGCUAGCAGCGCUGGAGCCGCCCGAGCCAGAGCGGAGUCGCUGUUCUCAGCUGCUGCCAGGAUCUGCCCGCGGCUCCGCUGGGAUCCAGACUAUAGAAUGACACCCACAUCUCGCUCCAGCCCAUCCCAUCCUCCUAUGGGACAGGGAAGAGAAAUGGCUGCUGUGGAGCCAGCUCAGGGGCCAGUGACCUUCGAGGAAGUGGCUGUGUAUUUCCCCAAUGAAGAGGGGGCUCUGCUGGAUCUCACUCAGAGGGUCCUCUGCAGAGACAUCAUGCAGGAGAACUAUGAGAAUGUGACCUCACUGGGGUUUCCAGUUUCCAAACCUGAUGUGAUUUCUGAGCUGGAACUAGGGGAAGAGUCAUGGGUCUCAGACCUCCAGGGUUCAGAGGAAAGAGAGAUCCUGAGAGCUUCCUGCACAGGUGAUGCAAUGGUGUGUGAGAAACAGGAGCAGAAUUCUCAGCAGGAAAAUGUUGAGCAAGUGGAUAAACACAGAGCAUUAUCACAAAGAUUGGAAAGAAAUGUGUCCAGGAGUCAUGAGCAGGGACAAUCAUAUGAGAUUCAGCACAGACCAGAAAGAGAGCAGGGAAACCAUCCAGGGGAGAAAGUAGGUAAAUGUAUUUCAUGUCGAGGAACUCAGAAAGACCUCAAGGAAACCACAACCCAGGAGGAAAUCCUUAUGGAAGAGAGAAAAAAUACAUGCACUGAGUGUGGAAAAAACGUGUGUGACUACUCAGCUCUUAUAAAGCAUCAGCAGCUCCACACAGGAGAGAGACCCUAUGAAUGCAGUGAGUGUGGGAAAAACUUCACUCGCAGAUCACACCUCAUUAAUCAUCAGAGAAUCCACACAGGGGAGCGACCCUAUAAAUGCAGUGAGUGUGGGAAAAGCUUCACUCAGAGAUCACACCUUACUAAUCAUCAGAAAAUCCACAUAGGGGAGAGACCUUAUGAAUGCAGUGAGUGUGGGAAAAGCUUCACUCAGAGAUCACACCUUACUAGGCAUCAGACAAUCCACACAGGGGAGAGGCCCUAUGAAUGCAGUGAGUGUGGGAAAAGCUUCAAUCACAGCUCAGCCCUU